AUGUACGACGAGCACUGGUAUAGCUUUCAAGAGGUGCCGCAGAGCAGACCAUCGGCUGUAAAGACGCGCCACCGUCGAGCCAACUCUCUGCUGCAGCAACCAGAGGAGACGACCGACAACAACAUCCCCGAAGAACCACUCCCAGCACUUUUUGAGGACCAGGAAGACGUGAACGCGCCACCCGAGGCUACUGUUCUUCGCCGGGCGAAAUCUUAUUCGGACUUCUACGACAUCGCGACUGCGCAUCUCGCUGGCGGCCAUGGAGGACCCAAGCAGAUGAACAAGAAGGCCAAGGGGCGACGCAACAAUCACAACCUCUGGGAUGCCUUGAUGAUCCCCGUGAGUGCGGCAUCGAAACUACCUGUGGAGGAAGGCAUAUACGACGAUACUCUGGCCCAAGAGUUGCUACAGGCUAGCCAGCAAGAAUACCUGCUGUACCAUGACCAACUCACCUUGACGGAACGACAUCUGGGAACCCUGAUCGACGACGCCAACAGCGCACUCAAGACCCUCGAGACUUUGUGUCAGUCCUUCCGAGCCGUUGAGGAGCAGACGACACCCUUCAAGGCACAGUGCGACGACCUGCUGGAGGAACAAAAACGUCUCCAGACGCUUGCCGAUGAAGUUGGAACCGAUCUGCAUUACUACGCCUAUCUCGACACCGUCAGUCGACGCCUCAAUGCCCUGGGCGCAGGCCGCCUUGUGGAUGACGACGCGUUUGGCGAUAUCCUGGCCAACCUGGACUCUUGCAUUGAGUUUAUGAUCCAGCAUCCCCAAUAUCGGGACGCUGAUACCUACCAGGCUAGAUACCAGGCGCUACUAACCAAGGCCCUACAUCUUCUAGAGGUGGGAUUCAACAACCGGCUAGAUCAAGUGUCUGGGGAACUCGCUCGUCAAAUCACCAACACCCAGUCGGAAUCCGCGCGACAUGCAUUGGCUUAUGGCCGGUUCGAGGAGGUCCUAAUGAACUCCUAUUCGCUCAUUCCCAACAUUCAGCGGGUGAUAUUGGGGGCAUAUGACCAAAAUGGCCAACCCAGGACAGGGCCAAACGUGGAUAUCUUUGCCAACACAGCCAACAACCUCUUCCAUGCCUAUUUCGCGGUGAGAGAUCGCGACCUCAAGCCUCUGGCCCAGCAUGAUCUUGCGACAUUCCAUCUCGAGUGCAAGGAAUCCUCGAUAGACACGGCGGCAAGGAAUUAUGUCAAGCAGUGCUUUGAACGCUCGUUCAGCGAGGCUACGCUUUUCCGCAAAGUCUUCUCCAUAGAAGCACCAUAUUCACCCAACCCCAAGUCGGCGUUCACCGCCCUCAACUCGCAUCAGCGGUCACUUGUAACGGGCACAAACAUCGCGCCCAUCGCCACCAACCUCCAGUCGAAGCUGCAGACAUGUGACUUGCAAGCCAUUUGCAAUCUUGUCGGGUGGGUCACGAACGAAUACCUGCUCGUGGACUAUGACGAGGAUGAGACUCCGUUUGUUGCGCACUGCAGGGAACUUACGUCCAGGCUAUUGGCCGAGCAUCUUUGGACAUUUACCGAUGGUUUUUUUGAUGCAGAAAUCGCGAAGUCCAUCACCAAAGCCGUCGUUCCGCCAGAGGCCAUCAAACUGGGAGCUCCCAGUGCCGGUGAGGGCGGCGGAGCAUCAGCGGCUUUCCCGGUGGUCAAGCGAGCAAUCGAGCUGCUUGUUUUGUUCGACCAGUCCAUGCCCAAGGAGCGCUGUCAACGCAACAGCCCCGUAAUCUUCAAACUCGUCCGCGAAACCAUCGCCGCCCUCCAGCGCGCCGAAGUGCGCAUCAAAGCCUCGUCCACAAAAAACGGCGGUACGGACCCGGACCUCUUCAUGAUCAAGAACCUGCUCAUCCUCAAGAACGAGCUCCUCACCCUCGAGAUCGGCGACGUGCGCAACGGUACCGGCGGCCAAGGAGCGACAGGCGCUUUUGGGAGCAGCAUCCAACACCUCGGCCAAAUCUGGGAGAGUCUCCCGACCGCCGGUAACCUUUUUGGACUGGUCUCCAGCUCCGUGUCGACAUUUAGCUCUUACAUCCCCGGCUCGUUUCUCCUUUCGCGCGCGGCUGGUAGUAUUACUGGCUCCGGCUCUGGAUCGGGCACGACGGCACCAGGUGCGGCGGAAUCACAAGACGCAGGAGAACAGCUGGAUGAGUUACUCCGUCAAAGCAUUUACGCGUUCACUAGGCGCUGGGCGGCGAUCUUCAAUGAGGCCAAGGUCAAGGCGUCCAAGGCUGGCGGGAGGACCUUGAGUCAGUUGGAAAGGGAGCUGGAUGAGAUGCUAGAGACGGCGUUUAAUACACAGCCGGAGGUGGUAGAGAAGUUGAAGGAGGCGAUUCAACUGGAUGCGCAAGCGCAGUUGACUGGGGCUGCUGGUGGUAGUGGUGUGAAGACUAGCGGUUCUAGGACUGGCAAGGAGAAGGGAAGUGUUUAUACUGGUGGCAGUAGGGCUAGUAGGGGGAGUAGUCGGAGGAUGUAG